AUGUCCUUACGCAACAGAGUCUUGGCAACAUUGCACAAUUCUAUUAGAUUGGCAGGCAAUGGAUCUUCCACCAGACUAGUGGAUGGUACUAAGCAAGAGCCAACAGAAAUUGUGAGAGAAGCAAAGGAGUACCUUAGCCAGUAUCAAAGAGCAUUAGAACCUGAAAUUUCAAGAACAUUGAGAAAGCUUCCACCAGUUGAUUACCUAUUUCAAAUCAAAUCGUUCUCGUUGUUUUCCGUGACAGAAGAGAAUAGAUUUGAAUCUGGUGACUUUGAAUCUGGUGGCUACAAAUGGAAAUUGUGUCUAUACCCUAAUGGAGAUGAAAAACGAAAUGAGAAAGACCAUAUCUCUCUCUACUUAGCAAUAUUAGCGACAGAUACAUUACCUCUUGAUGCUGAUGGGAGAGUAAGACAUUUCCACAGGUUUAAGACUGAGUUCGGUUUCGCCAAAUUACUUUCCCUCGACACUUUCAAAGAUGCUUCUAAUGGAUACCUCAUUGAUGAAUCCUGUGUGUUUGGAGCCGAGAUGAGGCUUGGUUCGGGGACACGAGCAAAGUAUGGGGUUAUACUCAGGCAAUUUCUCUUGCAGAUCUCUGACACGUCGAAGUGCUUCAUAGUAGAAGAUAGUCUAGUUGUUGAAGCGCAAAUUCAUUUUAUGUCUGAUGUGACAGAUUUCUCUUAA